AUGGAUUUUAUACUUCGAUUCAAUAGGGCACUUGCACAUCAACGUCACAAAGACUUAAGUGCUAAUCAUGUUGAUAUUAAUGAGAAGCCUGUUUUGAAACUGCCAUUGGAAAUGGAGAAGCAAAUGGCUGAGAUAUACACACGCAGGAUUUUUUAUAAGUUUCAAGAUGAGUUGUGGCAUAGCUUAGUAACAAUGCCACAAAUUGUUAAUGAAAAUGAUACACUUAAAAUGUAUACGGUCCAGAGUUGUCCAAAUGGAGGUGUUCCAAGGUUUCGGGAAAUUCCUUAUGAUAAAGUUUUGGACUAUGCAUCGUGUAAUUGUAAAAAGUUUGAGAGAGAAGGGAUUCCAUGUAGACAUAUUUUGGCAUUUUUGCAAUUCUUUGGUGAUAUUCCUCUAUUGAAUCAAUGCAUAAUGAAAAAGUGGACUAGAGCUGCAAAAUCUCAAAUAAUAUAUGACAAGGAAGGUUUAGAAAUAAGUGGAAAAUGUAGUUCAAUGUUAACGUGGCGAAGCAAACUGUUCAAACUUUUCUCAGAACUCGUUGAUAACAUCAUGUUAAAUGAAGAAGCAGCUGUAAUUGUGAAUGAUGCUCUGCAAAGUUUGGUUGAUUAG